GGUAGCGCUGACUGAUGACGUAGGUGAGGUCAAAGUUGAGUGACUCACAGUGGAAGAUAUUUUCACCGUCUCUGUCUAAACAGAAACAAAACAAUGCCAUGAACACGAUCAACAGAAGAUUUAAAAUUGUUGCCACAGUGAGCUCCUGUCAUGUAAGAGCCUGAUCCUCACCAUGGAUGAAAGCAGUCUAGAAGAAGCCAUCAAGACCUACAGCGCUCAGCUUCAGCAGGUGGAGGUGGCUUUAUCUGCUGGUUUGGGCUCAGCGGAGCAGGCUGACCUGCUGAAGCUAAAGGAGGACCUGCAGCAGCUCAUUGAGCUCACUGAAUCCAGCCUGCUGUCUGUCAGAAAAAGCCAAUUGCUGGCCUCUUUGGAGGAGCCCUCGACUUACCAAAAUCCCACAUCGCUUACUCAGGAGACGGCUUUGGAUGAUGAGUUUGCAGCUUUCAAUGCGGAACUGUCAAAGAACUUUGCUGAGGUAAAACAAAACACUGAACCUGAACCUGAACCUGAACAUGAAGAGGAGGAUAUAAGUGGAACUAAGGUAUGUGCGCCUUACCGUACCUCAUGGGGAACCCUAGAGUACCAUAACGCCAUGGUGGUUUGCCAUGAAGAGCCAGAAGAAGAAGAAGAAGAAGAAGAGGCUCGAGUCCGGGUGUUUUACCUUCAUCCCACACACAAAUCUAUGAAACCCUGCGGCUUCUACCUUGAAGGAAAGUGCCGUUUCAUGGACAACUGCAGGUUCUCUCAUGGUGAGGUGGUGUGUGUAUCAGAGCUCAGAGACUUCCUGGAGGCUGACAUCAGUAAUAUGGAGUCGGGCUCUGCGUGUUUGGCCAAGCAUGAAGAUGGCAUCUGGUAUCCAGCCAGAAUAUCAGAGAUUGAAGGUGGUUUUUACACAGUGAAAUUUAACUCGCUGCUGUUGAAAGAGGCUGUGCUGGAGGCUGAUGGGAUCAUUCCUCCUCUUCGUCAGGACGAUUAUUCCUCUUCUUCCUCAUCGGACUCUGAGGAUGAUACUGACCAGUGUGAUGCCGGCUAUGCUAAAGUAUCAAUAGAGGAGGAUGUGGCCCAGGUUAACGGUGCAGAGUUUUGCGGUUGGGAGGCUCACACACGUGGCAUUGGCUCCAAGCUUAUGCUGAAAAUGGGUUAUGAGCUUGGUAAAGGUUUGGGGAAAACGCUCUCUGGUCGUGUAGAGCCAGUUCAGGCAGUGGUUCUUCCCAAGGGCCGCUCAUUGGACAUAUGUGCUGAGCUCACUCAGAGAAAGACUGCAGCCGCUAUCGCUAAGGAUAACCCGCCCUCGCGUAAACCGAAGGCUAAACAGAGGAAGAGGAAGGCCUCCACAUCAACACGCCACAAUGUUUUUGAUUUCCUGAACUCUAAGCUUGGUGAUGGAUCUCAGCCUGCAUCUCAUUCAUCAAGCUCAUCCGUCACUGGCGCAGAGGCCUACAGGGGCGGAAAGAGCGUCAAACGUUCACUGAAUGUUCGUCUGUUCCAGGCCACCGAGAAAGUCACUCAAGUGGAGAGGGAGAUCCAGCAACUCACUAAGUCUCUUAGAAAACGAAAUGGAAGGGAUGCUACAUUGGUCAGUCGAAUGGAGGAGAAGCUCGCUGCUUCCCGCAAGUUGCUGGAGCAGCUUAAGGCUCAGGAACAGUCCAUCCAGAGAGAGCAAAAGAAAGCAGACACGCAUAAGAAAAUGACUGAAUUCUGACAAAUCUACUGUCUUUUUUUUUUUUUAUACUGUUAUUUGGAAUUUUGUUUAGUGUGUUCAAACAUUAAUACAGUUAUUGGGUAUUAAAAAAAAAUCUACAUGAUGAUGAAUGUGUGAAAUACAUUUUUAUCAUUGCAUUUUACAAUGGAGGCAGUGCCAUUGUAUAAAUCCAAUCCAUUUUAUAAAAAUAAAACAAUACAAAUAUUAUAUUA